AUGUUCCUUAAUGCCCUCACUGAUGAUUUCCCCCACGUCCGCAACCAUAUCGCCGACGCUAUCACCACCAGCAACCCUAGCGCAUCCUAUGGACCUAACAACAUUCGUGCUCGGCUCAAUGUUGAACAACAACUCAUCGAUUCCGAGAAGUCCAAAUCGGGCGACGUUGCUAUGGUCGCGACACAUAAGAGUGGUGGUGCCACACGCUCCACAAAGACUUGUUCUGACUGUGGGCGCACAGGCCACUCUGCCUGCUGCACUACUUGCAACGUUUGGGGGCAUAAUGCAAAGGACUGCUUCGGUCGAGGAGGAGCUAUGGAGGGCAAGAAGGAGGAGGUCUUGGCUCGUAAGCAUGCUGCAUCAGUAAAUCAUGAGUUUACUUUUCUAACUUCUUUCGCGCUUAUUUGCACAACCCGUUAA